AUGGCAGACGAGUUCGAUGCGUGUGAAUGUUUCUGGAGUCAUGAAAUUGCUAUGAGGCGGUUACUGUCGCUGCUACGGCAGGGCCAGUCCUACUGCAAUGACAACGAAUGCACCGAUCUUCCCAGUCUUCCGAAUGUAACUGGUGGCGCAAACUUUUUCCUAAUCAUCAUGGCUCUGAUUUUUAUGGCCGUCAUGUACGUGAUGAGGCCAUCGUCGAUGCGACGAACGAACGAUCUAAACAAGUCACUACCGCCACCAUCGAACGAUGGUCCGAAUAAUGAUGGUGCACCACCAUCGAUAUCCUGA